GCCCCCGCGAGAGCUACCCGGAUCAACUACCUACUCGACUCUGCUCUGCGCCCGCACUGCUCUGCCCGAAAAUCAAUAUGGCGCUGGACUGCGCGUAUAACUCGAAGAGAGAGGGAGAUGCUGGAACAUAUGUAUAUAUAUAUAUAUAGAUACAUAUAUAUAGCUACUCGCUGGUUCCAUGGAACGUUGGAAUAAGUACGCGAGAGCCCGAGAGCGGAGCGAGUCGAACCCGACCCGAACCGUGCUCGUGCAUGACGAUCAGUCGCGCCUCGCGCGCACAAAAGGUUGCGCAUCCUGCUUGCGGCUGAUAACAUAUAUUAUUUUGCUUGAAAACAUACGAUCCUAACCUCUAUCCGUGCCGCAGUUCUCCAAACAAGUGAUUCUGCAAGGACUUUGACAAGUGCUACCAUCGUACGCAUGCAAAAUGUACAACGGUGUAGGGCUGCCCACACCAAGAGGUUCGGGUACCAGUGGUCAUGUGCAACGUAACUGCGCAGUUUUGCAUAAGAGAGAAAAGACCAAGCACUCAGAGGAGCAUAAAGCUGAUCCAAUUAAUCGACAGCCAAAUAAGGAGAUACUAGAGCACACUAGAAAGAGAGAGAUCGAAGUCAAAUGUCUAGAAUUGUCUGAUACUCUAGAGGAACAAGGAUACACGGAGGAAGAAAUAGAGAACAAAGUCCAGUCGUACAGAAAAAUCCUGCUGGAAGAUUACAACAAGUCUAAAAGAGACAAGCAAGUUGAUGAAUAUGGUCGUCCAAUUGUUCGCGAUUCUCAUCAGACUGCUGAAGCUCAGUUGGAGAGGAAUGCUAAGCUGAGAGAGGCUUUUGGUUUAUCGGCAGAGGAUCAAGCUCAGGUUGAGUCUCUCAAUGAUACAACUGCAAGCUCUAAAACUCAAUCUUAAUACAGUCAUUCAGUCUUUAAGGUAUCAUCAAGAAUAGCUUACAACUUCAUAUUUACCAUUAAGUACAUGGGUAGUUAUAUUAUUCAAAACAUAUAUAAUUACACAUUAAUUGUAUAAUACAGUAUAUAACUUAUUGUAGUCACUAUGUUUAAUAAUUUAUAAAUCUUAUGUUAAACGCUUCAUCUUUUUAUAUGAUUCACGAUUAUUAAAUAAUGCUGAAGCUUUAAUGAUAUUAAAUUAUUAUUUGGUAAAAUGUUUGUAUAAAAUAUAUAUAUAUACUUUUCUACUCUAUGUACAUAAAAAAGAGUAUCAUACUUCAUUUUUCUUCUUGUAUAUCGACUCUUCUCGUAAUAUAAGUACAAAUUUACAAACAGUAAAAUCUUCAUUCAGUCAUUAAUUUUUGCUCUUUGUUGUGUAUUGAUUUAUAACGAUCAUGUGUCGGAUCACCAGUUCGGUUGACUCUUUUUUCAAUCAUAUCUAAUGAAACAGUCUUGAGAUCAUAAGCCCAACCUAUCAUUGCAAAAAAAUCAAUAAAUCCUGUAGUGAAGUUCUGCCAAUAAUCCCCCAAUUCUGCAGUUUUGUAAUCCCAAGGAAAAGUGUGAUGAUAGUUGUGCCAGCCUUCACCUAGAGCUAAUGUAGCUACACUUACAUUCUCAACAGGAUUGAUGAAUCUAGUAAAAAUGUUAUCAAAUAUUAGUAUUUAAAUGAAUGUCAUUAUUUUUUACUGUAAUUUAAUUUUACCUGUCGUAUGGUUUAUCACCAUACAAAUGGGCAGCAGAAUUAACCAGCCAUGUAAUAUUAAGUACAAAUGCAUAGCGAAAGAGAGUUGGGACAUAGAUAGCAUUACUCCAAGUUUCAUUCCAUAAAUAAACAGGAAUUAUUGUUGGUAGUACAAAACACAUCAGUGGCAUCAAAAUAUGGUAAUAACUAUAAUACAGUAAAAUUAAGUUUUAUCAGCAAUACCUAUAAAAAAUGUUAGUAAUCAACUUACUUUUUCUGGAACCUCACAAUGGGAUCGCUGUAUAAGUCACUUAGAUCUAUAUCUUUUCCCUUUUCUUUUAGUUGUGGAUGCUUACGACAAAGUAGCCAACCCAUAUGAGCAAAAAAAAAUCCUCUCUUUGCAUUGUGGGGAUCAGCAUUAGUUUCACUAUACUUAUGAUGCAUUCUAUGAUCUCUUGCCCAAUCAAUGACCGAAUUCUACAAAAAUGUUCAUACAUCAGAUACGAUAAAUUAUUAUAAAAUUAUCAAUAAUUUUGCUUACUUGGAAGGCAAUAGUGUUCAUCAUGACUAGUAGUAAUCUAAGUGGCCAGGUUGCUUUGUACGAUCGAUGAGCCCAAAGUCGAUGUACACCAGCUGUGAUUCCCAAUACACUUGUUUGAUACAGAAAAGCAGCUGUAAAAAAAUUUCGUACAUUAUAAAAGUCUUUUACGCGAUUUUUUUUUUUUCAUCGUUCUAAAUAUGAGUAGAACUUACUAAAUAAUACAGUUGCCAAUUUUGCAGAAGUAAAACAUAAGUAAAGACCAUAUAGUGCUGAAAUGUGCAAUAGCGCAAAAAGUACAACGUUUCUCCAUACAAUUUCUACUUUGUAAUUAUAAUCAGUUUUGAUUUGUUCUUUUAUAUUGUUGAUCGACGUUUCUACUUGAUCUUCUAGAGUGUCACUUUCAAAAAGUACGCCCGUCGGCUUGUCGAUAUUCGGAGUCAUUUUUCGUAUUAUUUAAAAAUAGUUAUUUUAAAUUAGUAGUAAUCGGCACUAUCGCGAUUAUAAUACAGAAGUGAAAAAUUCCAAGAAAAAACAAAUUGAAUAUUAAUGGAAAAUUUAUUUAAACUUUUUUACAUUUUAUGAAGACUUAUCACGCGCGCGACAGGUACUGUUAUCCCGUGUAAAAUAAAACUGUUUGCAAACCGUACGCACCGGAUCAGUUAUAUAGCCAUUUUAAGGAUCGACCCCUAUAAGUGGGGGUAUCAGAAAAUACAACAAUUUCAGUUGGACUUUGACAAAGAUAAUUCAAAGAUAAGAAGUAUGCGCAUAAUAUUUAUAAAUAAAUUCGAUUUUAUAUAACCUAUGACAUCAUAACAGAAUAAUCUUUUUUUACAAAUAAACAAGGUCCAAACGAAACAGAUGAUAAAAUAAGAUAGAUAUAAAUUUCUGAAAAGACGCUUCCAAAUCAACGCUUGAAAGACUACAUCUUUUAGCUAUUUUUAGAGAUAAGAAGUUUUGAGUUUCCGAAUUUUUCACUUUGAAUAUUAAAUUUUAAUUUUUUUUUUUUUUUUUUCAUCUAUUUGCUAUCCUUUUUGUUCUUACAUUUUAAAAUAGUAUAUAUUGUGAAACUAUGGAGGAAGGCUAGAGAGGGUGAGAUUUUAGCACGAGACUAAAAUUAUCAUCAUCAUCAGAGUUAAAAAUUGUCUAUUUCUGCCGUUCGAGUCUCUUUUUGCACGCUUUAUUUUUUUAAAAAGCUGGCUUUAUUUCCGAACAAGAAGGGAAAGUGGCUUUUUAUGACAAUAUCCCAACUCUCUCCAUUAGACUUCUACUUAUCAACUAAGCAAUAAAAUUUUGUUCAAUAUAUGAUUAAACGUGUUCAAGUAAUUUUAGUCAUUGUGUUGCAAUAUUUUAUUUCAUAAUAAUUAAUACACGUAGUUUAAUUAAAAAAAUCUUGUAUCAAAGUAACCGCUUAAUUUUUAGUCCAAAUAAAACUCAUACUCGCUAAUCAGUGAGUAUUGGAACUACUCGUUAAACAUAUAGUGAUAGUUUAUCACGGCGGCUGAAAAAGUAUGCAUAUAUGACCGCCUGCAAGCGCAACUGCUUCUGUUCUUCCUGCUAUCUCUCUCGAUUACUUCACUGCUGUUCGUCAAUUUGCAGUUUCAGUCUCUUCCGCUCUCUCGUUUAUAUAACUGUGUGUGUGUGCGAUGGUGAUGGUUUCGAGCCGGUAUUAGUCACGUGCUGCCGCUAUGUACUCGCCGGCGGCAAAAGAAUCGUACUCGGCCGAGAUAAUUUCGACCAAUGGACAAGUGGUGGACAGCUCGCGCCAUACGCGAACCAGCGAAUCCAGAGCUCGUAGCCCCUGAAUCACAUCGCAGGCGUGUGCGCGGUAUAGCCGUGUGUGCCGAAUAUAGCCGGUAUUAUAAGUAUAGGUAUAUACGAAUAACCGCUCACUCGCAGCUGGCUCCCGUCAAUACUUCGGUAUACGUUGUAUGUACGACGAAAAAAGCAGACAUUAUUCUUUUCUUUCCGUUAAAGUUAUUCCUGUACAACAAUAAAUAAAAUGAUAAAGUUGGAGUAGGUUUGCUUGAAAAAUUUAUAUACAUAUAUAUAAUUUAUGUAUUAUAUAAUAAAUAUUAAAUCUUAAGACUCAUUUAAACACUACACAUUUUUUUGUUACCUAAAUCAUCGCUAUAUAUAGGUUUCAUUAGAUGUUUUCAAUUGAAUAUCACCGUUCGUUUACAAUGUAACGCGUUAUACUUUUGUUGCCUUGUAAAUCACAUUCGCAUUAAGAAUACAAUCGACUCACAAGAAAUAAUAAAAAAAA